GAACCUGUUUUAAGAAACAGUCUAACAACAUGACUGCCUUUCGGGAAAGAAUGUGGUGAUUCACGCAGAAAACGUUAUUUACUUAUUCUAAUUAUCACCUUUUUAAUGUUGAGACAACUAUAGGUACCAGCCAAGAGCUGGCCACAUAUGUUUGGCCAAGUUAACUACAUGAAGAAAACACAGGAUGUCUACAAAGAUGUAUGACAGCUUGAUUCGCCUUCUUCUUGUUGGCGACACAGGAGUCGGAAAGACAUGUUUAAUUUGUCGUUAUGCACAUGACCAGUUCAGUAAUGACCAUGUGUCAACCAUUGGUGUUGAUUUUAAGGUCAGGACUAUUGAAAUUGAUGGUCAGACAGUCAAAGUACAGAUUUGGGACACUGCUGGUCAAGAAAGAUUUGAAGCAAUCACAAAGCAGUUUUAUCGCAGAGCUCAAGGAGUAAUGGUUGUUUAUGAUAUAACCAACCAGACUUCUUUCCUGUCAUUACCCAAAUGGAUGGCAUAUAUCAAACAGUUUGCCAAGGAAGAUGCUGUGUUAAUGUUAGUAGGAAACAAAAAUGACAAGGAAACAAAAAGACAAAUUGAAUAUAAACAGGGUCAACAGUUUGCUCGGGAGAAUGGAUUACAGUUUUUUGAAACAAGUGCUAAAAGCAAAGAACAUCUAGAAAGGGCUUUUAAUGCAAUUUGCAAGGAGAUUCUCUUCGUUCAGAACCAGCGCCCACCGUCCGAAGCUACGAGCAGUGAAAACACUUCGGUACAGAUAGAAGUGAACGGUGAUGUGAACAACUCGGACACCACUCAACUGGUGGGGGAUGAGGGAAAAGCUGUGGGACGAUGGCAGUGCUGCUAUAUACUAUAGUCAUGUUGUCGGGUUAUAGGGAGUAUACAGACCAUGCACACUUACAUGCAUGUAUGUGUUUUCCUGUGGUAUCACAUAUUUAAAAUUAAACCAAUAUUUUAAUUUGGGUCUCCACGACUACUCAAGUAUGUGGGCAUGGGCCGAGUCUAAGAAGACUCGAGUCCAUUCACAGGACUUGAAUACCCGUGCAAGGAAGAACACUCUUAUUUAACUCUAUUUUUUUAAAGUAAUUUUGCCAUAUGCUUACCGCCAGUUACAUUAUUGGGCUAUGAGACAUGGAAGGAAAACAAAAGUCGAAGUGAAAUAAUCUUUCGUGCAAUUUUCAGAGGCCUGUAUUUUGUGGACCCAGUGGUUUAUUUCCAGUUCCAACCAUUGGUGCAUUACUGCUGUGGAAUGUAUGAUCAGGUCUUUAAAAAAAACCCCUGUACAGCUGGUUUGAAAGGUCAUGGUUGCAAUGGAUUUUCUGUCUCAUCAGGACAAGUACUGCAAGUACUGUUUGUCGGAUAUCUAAAAACUCCUGAUUAAAUAAUGUUCUGGGGUAUCAUUAAACAGACUAUCCUGAGUUUGUAGCCAUUUCAAAAGGGCUUUUGGAAAAUUAAAUAUUUUUUUUACAUUUUCUUGCUUUGGUUAUAAAUAUUUCUAUAACCAAUGCAUUUCCACCAUAAUGUUUUGUAGUAUUUCAAUAUAGAUUUUUGUGUAAAAUAAUUUCAUACGUAUGAAUCUAUUAUUUCUACUAACAGACAAACCAAAUUUGAAAUAAUACCGGUCAAAGGCCAUUCCAAAUGUAUUUAUCCAUAUAAUGUGGUAUAAACAUGUUACGGUAAGGUAGUGUUUUAAUAAGCAGAAUGAGUGUCUAUUAGUUGAGGGUAACAAAUGGAUGUCAUGCUAAGGCUGAAAACUCAGGAUAGUCACUUUAAAGGAAACACACAUUUUAAUAUCUUAAUUCACCAUACCUAGAAAACAUGCAAGUGCCUGGCUUGUGUAAACCGUUAUUGUACAGCUGACCUUGUGAUAAUGUGUGCAUGCUAAUCAGAGGUGUCAGGUCUCACACCACAUAACACAACAAUGGAUUUGCAGUGUUUAAAUCUUGACAAAAAUAUUAUUAUUAUCUCGAUUGAUUUUAUGUAUAACCAAAUUGAGUUUUUCUUGGAUGUUUACAAAUAUAUAACCAAAUUUAGUAUUUUUCUGGGCAAACAAAAUGCAAAUAAACACAAACAUCUUUUUCUUUCCUUUGAAUACUUUUAUAAGUUAAUGAAAUAUGCUAAUUCUCCAAUUAGGUAUUUUUGUAAUGAAAUAUAUUUAUAAAAUUCUUCUCCAGUAUGUAUUUUAUUAAUAACCAUGGUGUCAUGGUUCAGUGCAUUAAUCUUGGAUUACAUGCUGUACAAUUAUAAUUGUGUUACCCACCAAAUAGUGUUAAUGAUGUACGAUAAAGUUGUAAAACUAAAAGUCAGUACAUCCUUUUAUAUGUAUCACUUGUUAUAGCAAAUUUGUUCAUAGGUAACCUACUAUAAAGUAUAAGUGCUUUUUUAUAUCCAUGAAUCAGCUGUUCCAUUUAUUUUGCUUUAAAGAUGUCAAUUCUUUGUUGUGCUAAUCGCCAUAUGAUAAUUGUGCUUAGCUGACUUACUAUAAAGUGGUAAAAAAACAAAAUGUAUUUUUGCAUGACUAUUGUAUAUAAAAAUAUUUUAUUACUUGAUAAAGCCAUUGUACAUUAAUGUUGUAAAUGUUGGUAUAUAUUUCCACUUGUGCAACUGCAAGGAAUAUCAAAAUAUUGUAUCACCUCUUGCUUGAAAUUACAAUAAUGUAAAAGGUUUAUGUGCAUACAUAAUGACAAUGUUUAUUAGGAUUUUUUAUGUAAGUUAGUAAAUUUCUAAUCAAAUUUAUUCUCAACCAUUUUUGGCGUAUUACACACAUUUCAUGAUAAUCCCUGGAAUGAAAACCUGAAAACUGAAUUUGCAUUGUGACGACUUAUUACUGUAUACAAACAGACAUAAUAAAUGCCAAGAAAUUACUUUUCAUAGAUGAAAAGUUUUUAGAACAAUGCCAUACAAACACCAAAACUUUGAAACAGACUAUUGCCUUUAUUUGCAAUAGCCAGGUGUAAUAAUUACAUUCUUGCUUUAGUGUGUUUAAAAUUUUCUUUGUGUGUGGUAGUUUCUUAGGAAAUCAAAUGUUUCUUCAUCUAUAAAAGACACAACUUUUUGAUGUUUAUUAUUUCUGUUGUUUACAUAGUGUAAUUGGUCAUAUAAUGUUAAUACAGUUUUCAAUGUUUUCAAAAAAUUUCAUGAAUUAUGUAAUCAGCAAAAAAAAAAAAUGAGAAGGUUGAAUAUUAUUACCCAUGUGGUUAAACAUAUCUUGGUUCAUUUCAAAGUGUUAUGUCUCACUACAAUCUUAAUGGAACAGUCAAAUGAGUUCAGUGAUGCCAUUGACCAAAGAUACAAGAUGUUCAGCUAGUCAUUGUAUCUUGCCAAUUUAUAUAAAUAGUAAAGUUAACAGUUUGACAUUAAGAAACCUCAUUGUUUAAGACUAUCAUGCUGUUUUAGAAUCCAUAAGCUAUCUGAAACCAUUCCAUAAUUCUUAAUUCAUUAAAAAUAUUUAGCCAAAAGGUUUUUGUCAUCUCAUUAUAUUUUGCUCAUUGCUAUAUCCAACAAUUAAUUAUUUUUUUGAUAAAAAAAAAAAGGGAACAUUUUGUUUUCCAAAUCUUGAUUAGUGAUAUUUCUGGUUAACUAAAGAUGCAUUAACUGUUUAAUGUUUUAAAAUUGUGUAGCGAUCUCUGAAAUUUCAGUAGUGAAUCACAACCUCAUACUGUCAAAGAUAAAUUGAUGAGUGUUCAUUUUCAUACAUUAGUCUAACGUCAGUCCCUAUCAGUGGACUUGUCUGAAUAUUCCAACAUCCAGUCAAAUUAUUCCCAGAAGCAAGAACAAAGGAGAAAGUAACGUGAUUGACAGUGGAUACUCUUAAACACAAUGAAAGAUAAUUGGGAUUUACCGGCCUAGGUGGUGUUAAAGUUUGUUUUGUUUGAUAUCAUCACUAGAGCACAUUUGGCUGUCAAACAUUUGGUAAUUCUGACUCAUAGUCAAUGGAGGAAACCCACAACAAUUUUCCUAAUACAGCAAGGGAUUUUU